AUGAACCUCAGCAGUAAGAGGCAGAGUGAAGGACUGGUUUCUGCUUCCCCAGGGACAGCUGGGAUUCAGGAGACACAUGGGGACCUUUCCAGGGGCUCUGAUUUGUCAGCUCCAGAUAGAUCUGUAGAGCAGAGGCCCUCCAGACACCACCUGUCCCCACAGCCCUACCAAGAGAAGGGCAGCACUCUGCUAUCCUUCUGCCUUAAGGCACUGAGCUCCAAGGGAUGUGUGUGGGUCAAUAGGCUGAUGCUCAGAUACUUGGAGCAGGUUCUCCUGAGCGCCACCAACAAGGUCGCCUUCUCUGGAAUCCAGAUGAUGAUCCACAUGGAGGAGGGCAUCUCCCUGAAGGUCUUUGCUGCCUCCACCUCAGUUCUGAUUUACAGGCUGGGGGCUGAGGACACUGAUGAAUAUGAAAGCAUCCCCCAGCAGCAGCCUCCCCCGGGCUCCUCCCGAAAUAAAACGGGGGCACAGACCAAAUCCCGCGUGCGUUACAACUGGCAUGCGAGGCGUUACCGCUGGCAAGGCAUGCGUUAA